CACGCUGAACACGCAGCCUCCUCUCGCGGGAGUGACUACUGACCAGAGCUUUCUCGGCUGUUGUUCCUUUAAAACUCGAAUCCAAGUGGUAAAUGAUUUAUCAAACUUGUAUUAUCAAGAAAAUGUCACACGAAGGGCACCUUGCUUUGCACUGACGCAAACCCAGGCUUUCCCAAGGAGAUAUAGAAAGCCCCUGUCUUGCUGGAGUCAAAGCCAGUCUUGUCGAUAGCUGGUUUCACUCUGUACCGGUUUAAUCUGUUGUCUAUGUCAGACAUGGAUUGCGGUGCUCCCAAGGAAAUGAAUAACCAACCAGCCAACAGCUUGGAAGCGGCGGCGGCGCCUGGUCAUCCGGAGGGCCCCUGCGCGCUCAGGACGAGCCCGGAGCAGGAGUUACCCGCGGCUGCUGCGCCGCCACCCCGUAUGCCCAGGUCUGCUUCCACCGGCGCGCAAACUUUCCAGUCGCCGGACCCGCGAGCCUGUGAGGCCGAGCGGCUAGGAAUGGGGGCUUGCAAACUGAGUAGCGCGCGGGCGCCAGCGGCCUCUGUGGCUCUGCGGGACUUAAGCGAGGCGCACAGCGCACAGGCAGCCCCUCUGGCUGGGGGAGCCGCGCCUGCCAACGCGUUGCACUGUAAGAUCCCAGCUCUGCGCGGCCCUGAGGAGGAUGCGAACGUGAGUGUGGGCAAGGGUACCCUGGAGCGGAACAAUACCCCGGCUGUGGGCUGGGUAAAUAUGAGCCGGAGCACCGUGGUGCUGGGCACGGAUGGAAUCACGUCCGUGCUCCCAGGCAGCGUUGUCAGCGCUGUCGCCCAGGAGGACGAGCAAGGGGAUGAGAAUAAGGCCCGAGGGAACUGGUCCAGCAAACUGGACUUCAUCCUGUCCAUGGUGGGGUACGCAGUGGGGCUGGGCAAUGUCUGGAGGUUUCCCUACCUGGCCUUCCAGAACGGGGGAGGUGCUUUCCUCAUUCCCUACCUGAUGAUGCUAGCUUUGGCUGGGCUGCCCAUAUUCUUCCUAGAGGUGUCACUGGGCCAGUUUGCCAGCCAGGGGCCAGUGUCUGUGUGGAAGGCCAUCCCAGCUCUACAAGGCUGUGGCAUCGCGAUGUUGAUCAUCUCCGUCCUAAUAGCCAUAUACUACAAUGUGAUUAUUUGCUACACACUUUUCUACCUAUUUGCCUCCUUUGUGUAUGUGCUGCCCUGGGGCUCCUGUAACAACCCUUGGAACACACCAGAAUGCAAAGAUAAAACCAGACUUUUAUUAGACUCCUGUGUCAUUAGUGACCACCCCAAAAUACAGAUCAAGAACUCAACUUUCUGCAUGACUGCCUACCCCAACUUGACAAUGAUUAACUUCACCAGCCAGGCCAAUAAGACGUUUGUCAGUGGGAGUGAAGAGUAUUUCAAGUACUUUGUGCUGAAGAUUUCUGCAGGGAUUGAAUAUCCUGGAGAGAUCAGGUGGCCACUAGCCUUCUGCCUCUUCCUGGCUUGGGUCAUUGUGUAUGCGUCCCUGGCUAAAGGAAUCAAGAGUUCCGGCAAAGUGGUGUACUUCACGGCCACGUUCCCCUACGUUGUACUUGUGAUCUUGCUCAUCCGAGGAGUCACCCUGCCUGGAGCUGGAGCUGGGAUCUGGUACUUCAUCACACCCAAGUGGGAGAAGCUCACAGAUGCCACGGUGUGGAAAGAUGCAGCCACUCAGAUUUUCUUCUCGUUAUCUGCUGCCUGGGGAGGUCUGAUCACUCUGUCUUCCUAUAACAAAUUCCAUAACAACUGCUACAGGGACACCCUAAUUGUAACCUGCACCAACAGUGCCACGAGCAUCUUUGCCGGCUUUGUCAUCUUCUCUGUUAUCGGCUUCAUGGCCAAUGAACGCAAAGUCAACAUUGAAAAUGUGGCCGACCAAGGGCCAGGCAUUGCAUUUGUGGUUUACCCAGAAGCCUUAACCAGGCUGCCCCUCUCUCCAUUCUGGGCCAUCAUCUUCUUCCUGAUGCUCCUCACCCUUGGACUUGACACUAUGUUUGCCACCAUCGAGACCAUUGUGACCUCUAUUUCGGAUGAGUUCCCCAAGUAUCUGCGCACGCACAAGCCGGUCUUCACUCUGGGCUGCUGCAUUUGUUUCUUCAUCAUGGGCUUUCCAAUGAUCACUCAGGGUGGAAUCUACAUGUUUCAGCUUGUGGACACGUAUGCUGCCUCCUACGCCCUCGUUAUCAUCGCGAUUUUUGAGCUCGUGGGGAUCUCCUAUGUGUACGGCCUUCAAAGAUUCUGUGAAGAUAUAGAGAUGAUGAUUGGAUUCCAGCCAAAUAUUUUCUGGAAAGUCUGCUGGGCGUUUGUAACCCCAACCAUUUUAACCUUUAUCCUCUGCUUUAGCUUCUACCAGUGGGAGCCAAUGACCUAUGGCUCUUAUCGCUACCCCAACUGGUCCAUGGUGCUUGGAUGGCUAAUGCUCGCCUGUUCCGUUAUUUGGAUCCCAGUUAUGUUUGUGAUAAAAAUGCAUCUGGCUCCUGGCAGAUUUAUUGAGAGGCUGAAGUUGGUGUGCUCGCCGCAGCCUGAUUGGGGCCCAUUCUUGGCUCAACACCGUGGGGAACGUUACAAAAACAUGAUCGACCCUUUGGGGACCUCUUCCCUGGGACUCAAAAUGCCAGUGAAGGAUUUGGAACUGGGUACCCAGUGCUAGUCUGUUGGUGUGGAACGGCCCAGACUUGAUCCUGGUUUUUCUCUCUGCCUCCCCAAUUUCUUUUUUCCCCCAUCUUCCCCAUAUUUUCUUUCUCCCCAUAUUUUGGUUCACAUCUGUGCAUGAGAGAGGUUACGUAGAAAAGUUGGACAUAGUGUCGCAUGCUG